CGAAAUCAUUUUCUGAAGUUCUGGUUCUUACAACGCUGCAUGCUCGGUGUACAAACGUGACAAACAAGUUGAAGGUCUGACACUAGACUCAGGAUGGAUCGCAUUUGAUGAAUAAAUAAAACCAGCAGCGGCAUUGACCAGUUAACGUUAGCAUGGUUAGCAUCCUGGCCAUUUCAUCGAACGUGCAUGAUGUGGGUAAUGAUCAAAAUUGAAGGGGACGAGAUUGAGUGGGAGUUCUUCACUCGUCCUUGCGUGAUGUUGGUAACAUUCUCUUAUAACGGAACUGGACUGGUACUCAAACAUGAAUAUUCAUGACACUAUGGAGGCGGUUGUUAACCAAAUUCCCGAUGCAGUUUAGACCUAUUCUGUAAUGAAUUCAGAUGGUUAUGGGAGGUGUUUCCUUGGGUUAAGUUGGGAAAGAGUUCCAUACACCCUGUGUACAAAACCUGUACCCUAUUACUAUACAGAAAGUUUUGAGACCAGUCACCACGAUGGACUCGGACAGCGAGUCCAUCACUCCGUCAUCUCCCAUGGAUUUUGUGGGGACAGUCUUGAUCACCGGUGCCCUGCUGUACCUGGUUCUCUUACUGACGAGCCGGACAGUCCGGUUCCGGACCAAGUACUAUCUCUACAAUCUGUGCUAUCCUGCCAUUGGACUUGUCAGCAUUCCGUUCAUGCUGCUGAAGCCAGGGGAUGUCGACAACGUCAGAUGGCCUGCACUCUUCACCCGUCUCACUGUCAAGCAUUUGUUUGGUAUCAAAGUCAGUGCCACAGGUCUGGAGCACCUUAAGUCGGACAAGCCUUACAUUGCUGUAUGCAACCACCAGAGUACUAUUGAUCAUAUUGCAAUGAUGGAGUUCUGGCCAAAUCGUUGCUCCAUCAUGAUGAAGAACUCGGUCAAGUACUUGGGACCGAUGGGUAUAGCGGCCAUGUUGAGUGGCAUCAUAUUUGUCUGUCGGACCAAUCGUGAGAAGGCCAAAGAAGCCCUGGAGAACACUGUUAAAGUCAUCAAGGAGAAAAAUGCCAAGGUUUGGGUGUUUCCUGAAGGGACCAGAAAGCUGUCCAAGAAGAACCGUCCAGCAGAAGAAAAGAAACCGGAGUAUUUUCUUCCUUUCAAGAAGGGUGCCUUCAAUCUUGCGGUCCAGGCACAGGUUCCCAUUGUUCCCGUUGUAUUUUCCUGCCAAGAAUCAUUCUUCAGUUUCAGGCAUAAACGCUUCACAUCAGGUGCUUACAAGAUGACCGUCCUCAAGCCAGUACCCACUGUCGGUAUGACACUGGAUGAUGUUCCAGAUUUCACUGAAAAAAUACGGGACAUGAUGAUCAAGACGUUCAUUGAGACUUCAGCCUUGAGCAGAGACAACUAAGCUGUGGUAACUCAUUAUCCAAUGCUCUUGUGUUUUCCCUGCAUCUUCACUACCUGUCUCCUCCCUUGGAUUUAAGUACACACCUUGCUUUUGUUGGAUUUUGUUGAAUACACAAGGCACCACACUUUGCUGUCAGUAGAUU